AUGCCAAAUUGUCCAGCUUGUAACAAACCGGUUUACUUCGGUGAGCGCGUCACCUCGCUCGGCAAAGAUUGGCACAGACCAUGCCUCCGGUGUACUAAUGAAUCCUGCAAGAAAACCUUAACAUCCGGCGGCCAUUCUGAGCGUGAGGGCAAACCAUACUGUAAUCAAUGCUAUGGCGCUCUGUUUGGUCCAAAGGGAUAUGGUCACGGAGGCACCGAGAGCCAUACAUUCCAUGGCGGAGCGACAGGAUAA